AUGGACACUUUUGGACAACAGAAUCGUGUUCAGCGCACAAAAAUACAUUGUUAUGGCCUUUUGGGCGCUUCAGGUUGCGGUAAAACAACUCUACUUUCUUGCAUCGUAGGCAGACGUCGCUUGAAUUCCGGCGAGAUAUGGGUACUCGGUGGACGGCCAGGUUCUAGAGGUUCCGGAGUGCCAGGGCCGCGUAUCGGAUACAUGCCUCAAGAAGUCGCACUCUAUGGCGAGUUCACUUUGCGCGAAACACUAAUCUACUUCGGCAUAAUUGCGGACAUGCCCCGUAACGAAAUCGAUGACCGCACUGAGUUUUUGCUCAAAUUUCUGAAUCUGCCAAAUGGUUCGCGACAGGUAAAAAAUCUAAGUGGUGGCCAGCAGCGCCGCAUGAGCUUGGCAGUGGUCUUGUUGCACGAACCGGAGUUGCUGAUACUUGACGAGCCAACCGUGGGCGUAGAUCCCGUGUUGCGCCAGAGUAUCUGGGAUCAUCUGGUUGACAUAACAAAAACUGGGAAUACAACUGUGAUAAUCACAACUCACUACAUCGACGAGUGCGCUCAGGCACAUGUGAUCGGCCUCUUGCGUGGCGGUCGCAUGCUUGCCGAGGAGGCGCCUAACUUUUUGCGCCGACAAUACAAUGCCAACUCACUGGAGGAGGUCUUUCUGAAGUUAUCGGUAAUGCAGAAUAUGGGACGGCGGCGUCGUUCUUCGAUUGCACAGGAAAUUGUCGAACAAGUGCAAGUGCCAGCGAUAUCCAAUCCAGCAUUGGACAUGUCGGAUGAGCAUAAUACGGCCGAUAUCUCUGGUGAAUUUGGUGAUAACAUUUCGAUGAACUCGGCGAUACGUGAUCCGAUAACGGCAUUGGAGGUGCCCGCACUACCACUCCCGCCGGAAAAGGAAUCGGAAGCAACGCUAUGGCAACACUUGGAUGUGAUAAGUUCGCAUCAUAUGCGUGCGCUAAUGUGGAAGAAUUUCUUGUGGAUGUUGCGCAAUGUGGGCAUUAUGCUCUUCAUUGUCGCUUUACCGGUGGUGCAAAUCGUACUUUUCUGCUAUGCUAUCGGCCACGAUCCAACUGGUCUCAAGGUGGCUGUCGCAAACGGUGAACUCUCAGAACAAAUGGUAAUCGAUCAAUUUUGUCCAGUCUAUCCGGGUUGUAAUCAAACGCAUUUGAGUUGCCGCUAUCUGGAUUUGUUGAAGAGGAAUAAAAGCAUGGAAGUGAAAUAUUUCCAAACUGAGGCCGAAGCCAACGAAGAUGUGCGUCUCGGCAAUGCUUGGGCGGCAUUGGUUUUUGAUCAGAACUAUACGAAAUCGUUGAACGAACGCGUGGAAAGUGGAAGAUAUGCCGAUAAUGCGACUAUUGAUGCUUCAGAUGUUAAUGUACGCCUGGAUAUGUCAAAUCAACAAAUAUCUACAUUGCUAUAUCGCGAUCUUCAGUACACCUUCUUCGAUUUCGUCGAACUCAUACUCAGCGACUGUGAAUUAAAUGAGAAGAUCGGCCGUAUACCCAUCGACUGGAGAGAUCCCAUUUACGGCACACGCAGUCCGAAUUUCACCGACUUUGCUGCACCCGGCGUCAUAUUGACCAUCAUUUUCUUCCUAUCGGUGGCCAUCACAUCAGGUGCCAUGUUGAUUGAACGCAACGAGGGCAUGUUGGAACGUUGCCUGGUGGCGGGCAUUACCGGCCCCGAGAUACUCUUCUCCCAAGUACUCUCACAAUUCACUGUCGUAUUGCUGCAAAUGUCCUGUGUACUACUAGUCAGCUUCGGUUUCUUCGACUUGACCAACGAAGGCAGCAUUUGGCUAGUGAUUGGUCUCUGCCUCCUCAAUGGGUUGUGUGGUAUGUGUUUUGGUUUUGUGAUUGCUUGCGCUGUGGACACAGAACGUACUGCGACCUAUGUGGCAAUGGGUUCAUUCUUGCCAAUAGUAAUGUUGUGCGGCAUAAUUUGGCCAAUUGAGGGCAUGUAUCCGGUAUUGAAGUUUAUUGCCACUAUCUUGCCAUUGACCAAACCCACCGAGAGCAUGCGUUCGGUACUACAACGCGGUUGGGGUUUCUCCGAACCAUCUGUGUAUAACGGCUUCAUCUCGAUAACCAUAUGGGUGCUGGUAUUUCUGGUGCUCAGCAUAUUGUUCCUCAAAUUCAAGAAGGGCUGAGCAUGCAUAGUGGCUGCGCUGCGUGUGUGUGUAUGUGCGUGUAUCGGUCUGCUAGGCUGUGCAGCCUGGAGCACACGGAAAUGCGCGUUAUGGUAUUUUUCGGUUACAGGGUUACAGUGAACAAAAAACAUUUACCUAAAUUAAACAGUUAUAUAUAAUAAAAUAAAGUUAAUGCGAUAGUAGUACUUUUAUGUAUGUAUUUGUGUAUGUACAAUGUGUAGUUUUACAAUUCGUUGAAUGCCUAUUUUAAUGCGUUAAUUUCUUGGGGGAAAUUUGCUCUGUGUUGGCAGUCGCCAUAGCAAACCAUGAUUUUUUCACUUAUUUUUUAUUUUUAUUUUAUUUGAUUUUAUUUGUAGAUUUUGUAGAUUUAAGGCAAGAGGAUUUUAUUGUACUAUAUAAAGUGUAAAUUAUGUUUAAAUGGGUUAAGUAAAAUGUCAAAAAAAAAGAAAAAUCAAGUAUAUAUUCAUACACAUACAUAUACAUACAUACUCGCACAAAACAUAUCUACACAUACUUAUAUAUACAUAUAUUUGUAUGUGUGUGCUUGUAUGGAUUGUAGUAGUAAUUUAUGCAAUAAAAUUUAUACUCACAACGA